AUGGACGCCCACGAAAAACUGCUCGACCCCGCCAACCUCUGGGUUGACUCGGAAAAGGACGGAGCUUAUCAACAACAGCCGUUGCUAUCACAACCACAUCAACAGACCAAAGACGGGGACUCAGAGAACAAGAGAUCACUACCGAAAAGAAUAUACUACCGGUCCAUCAUCGGGUACCUCACCUCCAUCCUCGGCGCCCUCAUCCUCGGCUGUGCACUACUUAGAUUGUUUGCCGCCGAAGCCCCCGGAAACUGGACAUCAUGGACAACCUCAACCCCCCAACCCCCACCAACAAACAACAACAACAACAACAACAACAAAAACAACAACACAUAUCUCCUCGGCGUGGGCAAAGCAGACAUCACCGGCCCCGUAGUCGAAAUCAACCUCAUGGGCUACGCCGACCCAAAACAAGUCGGUUCCGGUCUCCGUCAACGCCUCUACUCCCGCGCCUUCAUCGUCGGCAACAUCGACAACCCUUCCGACCGGUUGGUUUACUUGGUGCUGGACACCCAAUCAGGUGACACCGCCGUUCGCUACGGCAUCCUCAGCGCUCUUGAGAGCUUGGGGGAGGAAUAUAAAGUGUACGGUCACCACAACGUUGCUGUUACGGGAACGCACUCCCAUGCUGGGCCAGCUGGGUGGUUGAAUUACCUCCUCCCACAAAUCACAAGCAAAGGGUUUGAUCACCAAGGCUACCGAGUCAUUGUGGACGGGGCGGUGGAAUCCAUCAGAAAAGCGCAUCAGAGUCUCACGCCGGGGUAUCUCAGCGUCGGGACGACAAAGGUUUUUGGCGCGAAUAUCAACCGGAGUUUGUUUGCUUACCUUGCCAACCCUGAGGAGGAGAGGGUGAGGUAUAAUAUUAGCAUCGAAGACGACGGGUCCGUUGAAAAGGAUUUGACGCUCUUGAAAUUUGAACGUGCCGCUGAUGAGAAGGCUUUGGGUGUGCUGACGUGGUUUCCCGUCCAUGGGACUUCGUUGUUGGGGAACAACACCCUUAUUGCGGGGGAUAAUAAAGGGGUUGCGGCCUAUUUGUUUGAAAAGUCGAUGAGAGGGGGGAAUCCAGAUUUUGUGGCUGGUUUCAGCCAGGCAAGUGUGGGUGAUACGAGUCCUAAUGUUCUGGGCGCGUGGUGCGAGGAUGGGUCGGGGGAGAUGUGCAGUUUUGAGAAUAGCACUUGUCCUGUUGAUGGCAAGUCACAGUCUUGUCAUGGUCGUGGGCCCGGGUUUCAAACUCCGGACAGCGGAGCUAGUUCCUGUUUCGAGAUCGGGAAGAGGCAGUUUGAGCCUGCGAGGAAACUGUUUGACGAGGGGGAGCUCACGCCGGUGAGGGGGGGUUGGGUGAAAGCUUUUCACAAGUUUCACAACAUGACCGGGUUUGAGUUUGAGCUACCGGGUGGGAGGAUGGCAAAGACUUGUCCGGCUGCGCUGGGGUAUUCUUUUGCGGCGGGGACGAGUGAUGGGCCGGGGGCGUUUGAUUUUACGCAGCAUGAUGGGAACGAAAACACCACUUCGCCGGUGUGGAAGGCUGUGUCGAGGUUUUUGAAGGAUGCGAACGAGGAGCAGAGGGCGUGUCAUGGUGCCAAGCCGAUUUUGCUGGAUGUGGGGGAGAUGGAGAGGCCGUAUCUGUGGACGCCGAAUGUGGUUGAUGUUCAAGUGUUCAGAGUUGGACAGCUUUUUAUUAUUGUUUCGCCUGGGGAGGCGACGACGAUGGCUGGACGGAGAUGGAAGGAGGCCGUGAGGACCAGCGAUGAGGCGGGAGAGGAUGCGGUUGUUGUGUUGGGGGGUCCGGCCAACAGUUAUACGCAUUAUAUCACUACGGAAGAGGAGUACGGGAUCCAGAGGUAUGAAGGGGCUUCGACUCUGUAUGGGCCGCACACGCUGGCGGCGUAUAUCAACGUCACGAUGGGGCUGUUGGGGUAUUUGAAUCCGGAUUCGCCGGCGCCUCCGCCGCAUGAUCAGAAGUCUAUGGUGUAUCCGCCGGAUAAUACGAACCGGUCGUUGUCGUUUAUCCCGUCGGUGGUGAUGGACAAUGCGCCGCUUUUCAAGUCUUUUGGGGAUGUUUUGACGGAUGCUGAGAAGGGUACUCCUUAUGUGAUUGGGGAUGUGGUCAAGGUUCGGUUUGUUGGAGCCAAUCCGAGGAACAAUCUGAAGCUGGGCGGCACGUAUGCUGCUGUUGAGAAGCUGGGUAAGGAUGGGACGUGGGAAAGGUUCAGAGAUGAUGGGGAUUGGAGUGUGAUUUUUGAGUGGGAGAGGACGAGUGAGCUUAUGGGUUGGAGUGAGGUGACGAUCGGGUGGGAUACCGCUCUUGAGGGAGACGGGGAGAUAGAGAAGGGGACGGCGUAUCGGAUCAGGUACUUUGGGGAUAAGAAGGGGUUGUUGGGAGGCGUGGAAAGCUUCGAGGGUGUGAGUGAUUGUUUCAGCUUUAAGGCUUGA